AUGGCUAAGCAAACACGCCGAGCGCAGAAGCUUCAGGAAAUGGACGAAGUGAUAAUGGUAAUAAUACGCAAAGCAAAACGCGAAGAUUGUAAAGCUAUCAGAAGCUUGAUCCAGGAAUUAGCUGAUUUCGAGCGUAUGCCGGAUGGUCCAAAAAUUAAUUCCGAAGUUUUAGAAAAAGAUGGAUUUGACACAGAUCAUCCUUUGUUCAUAUGCUACGUAGCAGAGAUAGAUAGAAACGUGGUAGGGUAUGCAAUUUCAUAUUACACAUACUCGACGUGGGGCGGUAAAGCCAUGUACUUGGAAGAUUUGUAUGUUACACCUAACAAUCGAAGGGAACACGUAGGCAGUAAAUUAUUAAGAGCUGUUGCCAAAGAAGCGGUAGAUAACAGUUGUUGUAGACUAGAUUUCUCUGUCCUUAAAUGGAAUCCUGCAAGAGAUUUCUAUAAAAGUAAAGGAGCAAUUGAUAUAACGGAAGAGGAAGAGUGGCAUCAUUAUCGUUUUACAAAUGAAGCUUUAAAAAUUUUAGCUACCGAUUCAUCCUACUUAUUUUCUUCGCGUGAAACGUUGCUUGCACGAAAUAUGAUUGGUAAAAUUUCCGUUCCGGAGGAACACACGUUACACAAAGAUGAUGUUAAAUUAAUUGACGACGACGACUCAGAUUUAUUGUCGCACAGCCAGAUGAGUUGGGACGAUAUAGGAGACAGAUAUGUACCGUACGAAGUUUUGUCAAACGAAUCGGUAUCGACUACCCCUGAAUCGUCUACAACUUCCGAUCUUUCGUUCACGUUGCUCGAUCAAGUGCCGUUCUCAGCAGAUCAAAAAGUAAUCCAGUGCGCAACUGGUAGUAAUUGGAAUAGUUUUAUUCUGGACAUCGAUUUGUGGGAAGAUGAUAAAGCGCCCGUCGUAAAGCUGAGAGAACUGUGCGAUGUAACGUUUGACGAUUUAGAAUUCUGCGGAUUUCUCACUGACAGGCUGAUAGGAGUUAGCAAAUCGUAUCUUACCAAAUCCCCCGAGAAUGGUCUCUACGUAUUAAGCAAAUGCGUUAUGAGAGACAUGUCGCUCUCGCAUAUUGUGAUGUUAAGAUAUCAUCGUUACUUGCAAUACAUCGAUCUCGCAUACAAUCAUAUUUCGACUUUACUACCACUGAAAGGCAUUCCCUACUUAAUGUUUUUAAACGCGUCGCAUAAUAGGAUAAACAUUAUUCUCGAUUUUUCACCUCCUUGGUAUUUGACGUACGUAAAUUUAUCCUUCAAUUACAUAUCAAAAAUGCGUGAUAUCAGCGAAUUCUGGAGUAUCGUGCAUUUGGACUUGUCACAUAACGCGAUCGAGAUCAUUUCUGGCUUGCAAAAUUUGAAGUAUCUGAAGUAUUUAAAUUUGUCGUAUAAUUUGAUCGAGCGUAUUGAAAAUUUGGAUAAGCUAAAUAUCCAGGAGCUAAAUCUAGAAGGCAAUUGCAUAUUGACUUACAAGUCAGCUAUGCCUGGGUACGGCAUAAGCAGUCUAUCAGAUUUACGAAAAAUAUACUUAGGGUACAACAAGUUGACUACUUUAGAAUUUCUCAAGGACGCGUACAGUUUGCGCGUGAUAGAUUUGAAGUUCAAUAAGGUCGACGAUUUAUUGGAAUUGCAAAACUGCAAAGGGCUGAUCCAAGAAAUGGAUCUUCGAGGUAAUGGUUGCACGAGGUGGCCCAAUUAUAAAGCCGUGAUACUAUUCUCUAUUCCAAGUAUACAACGCAUCGACGGGGUCGAAGUGACUAGCGCAGAGAAAAUAGCAGCUGUAACUUCGUUCGCCUCACCGGUGAAUUUAGCUGCCGCUCGUACCGUAACAAAAUUGACGCUUUUGGAGCAGUUAAGCACUCCGAAGAUUGAUUUACAUGUUACACCGUAUGACGAAGGAAGCCCGCCGUUGAUAAUACUAACAGGUCCGAGCGCAGUGCAGAAAUUGUCUUUGGCUCUUCACAUUGUUCGAACGUUAUUAAAGAAAGUAGUAUAUUGCCGAUGGUACACGACGAAAAAGGGAGAGAGUAACGAAAGCGAAAGUCAAUCAUAUAUAUUCGUGGAUAGAGAAAAGUUCAAUGAUAUGUCCCGCCGCGGAGAGUUCCUAGCUAUUCAAGAAGAAUUAGGACACAGUUAUGGAUUCCAUUGCAGCGAAAUCGCUUUGCUGAAAUUAGAGAAGAAAAUUGGUAUCACUCAAACGGAUCUGCACGCAACCAUACAGUUGACCAUGCGUUAUUCCAAUAGUAAACCGGUUCUUGUACUAACGAAGAGCGAAGAAGUUCACAGCGAGUGGAUACAAGAGAAGUUCGACAUCCAGAUGUAUACCAAGUAUAGUAAAGAAAAUAUAGCAUCUAAAGAGACCGCAGUUACAGAAAGUGACCUAAAAUUUAUUAAAGGAAUUGUGAACGAUACUGUACAGAAUCUUAAACUGCCUAACAAAAUUAGAAUAGCAGACGUAGAUCUAGUUGCAAAUAUAUACGACAGUAAUUCGUACGUUGACGAAGAUAUAUUCAGGGACAGAAGCGUGUUGCAUAAGAAGAAUGUAGGGCACAUCAAGUUCCAGGAAGAGAUAGAUUCAGUUGAAGACAAUAGAAUCUGUUCACAGGUAAUCUUAGACGAAUAUUCGAAUAUCGUGAUCGAAGAUGCAGAAGUGAAACGUAAACGGCAUCAGGCAAAACUUCUACAACGUCGUAAUACGUUAAUACUAGGAGGAAUAACUUCGCCUACGGAUCAAAGCGAUUCCGGAUCCAGCGACGAAGUGUUCGUGGAGAGAAAACCAUUAGAAAUAAAGAAACCGGAACAUAUGAAAAACUACUAUACGGAAUUAAUACUGAAAUCGAGAAAGAUUUACUUAGAUCAGCACAUGAAUAACCCUGGAUUCUUUUCUCUGGUGGUACUGACGGAUGAAUAUAUUCGAGCGUAUAACAAAUUAAUUAAUUUUAUCUUUAAUGUAUAUACCAAUUUUUGCGAGGAGAAACCGAAAUUUUUGUCUGAGCUUAAUCACUUUUCUGAAGUUGCUAUUCCGGCAAUGAUCGAGCCCAUCGUUAACGAGAUAAAACAAUCUUUGUCAAGUUCAGUAUUGCAAAGAAGAACCCUUCUAAGAAAUUAUGGUGUUACUUCUUGGAAAGACUUAAUGCCUAGCCAAGUGGAGGAAACAAUGAUCGAUCAUAUUAAUUAAGCGCGAGGUAAAAAUUA